AUGGCACACCCAUCCUCUGGCAGUGACAUAGAGGAUUACAUUCCCAAAUCAAAAUCCAACCUGAGCCUCUCUGUGGGCUAUUUCCCUUGUGAGCAUAACAUCAUCUGUGAGGACACAACCUCCUGUGGAGACUCAUCUCCCAAGGUUUCUAUAACGCACAUCUUUCCUCCUCGCCAAGGGACAUGGAGGACCGAGGGUAAAGGGAGAUUCAUGAAGAGACGAGACCAAAUUCAGGAGAAGUUAAGGCCAGUUUGCAAACUAAGCAUCCCCCUGGCCUGGGAUGUUGACAUGGGUUCUAACAGUGCAGACUCAAUAACUGAUCACGAUUUAAACAGAGGCGAGUGGAUAGACAAGUUCCCAAAAGAGAAGACAAAACUGACUGUCAGCAAACUGAAUGGCCUUAUGCAAAUGCUUGAGACAUUUCUAGAAAAUGAAAAAGAUGAUGACUCUGAGUUCCCUAAGUCUACUCGGGAGAAAGAUUUCCAGCUGUCCAGCAGCUCCCCUCCAGAUACGGUUCAGAUGAUAAGACAGGCAACUGACUGCCAAAGGACAAGUACCAUAGAGACCGACUCAAUCUCACCAGAACAGUCAGAUAAGGAGGACCCUCCUUCCAAUACACAAGCCCGGUCCUGUCUGAACUUGGGUCUGAUCUUCAGAUGGCUGAGCCAGCGGGUCUUCUCCUCUCUAUCGGGGAGAAAGCAUCCCUCAAAGGCCACCAAGAGCCCACCAGUCAGCAGUACAACCCAUCAGAUUCCUACCGUGGCAGAAUGA